AUGAUAUCCCCUCAAGAAAAGCAAGACAAAGUAAUUAGGGCGACUGAUUUAGAUGCUCUUAGUUGUCGUUACAGUGCAAACAACAAAUCUUACUUUUCGACGACCGAUCCAUUUAUCGAUAGCGUUAUAUCUUCAUAUAAAAUCCAUCUUCCAUUAUGUACUGGUUAUACUAAUAUGUCGGCAAACAGAACUCUCAGAUCUGUUUUUAAUGAGCAGAAACUACCAUUAAUUAAUAGAGGCACAUACUUGAGAACAGAACUGAUUGAUGUUAUAACACAAGAAUUUAUAAAAGAAUUCAAAAAAUGCCAGAUUUUAUCUUUAGGAGGUGGCUCUGACACCAGAUGUUUUAGAAUCUUGGAGGAGUAUGGUGAAAAUGUUAGGUACUGUGAAAUUGACUUUCCUGAGUCGGUAAAAAUUAAAAAAUUGGCAAUCACAAAUGAUAAAAGACUUGCAGAUAUCGUCAAAUAUCACGAAAGCACCAAACCUAUUACUUCGAAAGAAGAAUUUGCAAAACUUGAGGCUAAUAUUCAUACUGAGAACUAUAAUCUUAUAGGUUAUGAUCUACGUCGGUUAACAGGCAUACUGGAUGAUUGUCCAUUACUUGAGCAUGUGGAUACAUCUAUUCCAACACUUAUACUAAGUGAAUGUGUCUUGUGUUAUCUUAAUCCAGAAGAAAAUGAGAGAGUUAUAGAUUUUUGGAAGAAAGCAUUUGCAUCAAGAGCACUAUUAGCGCUUUUAAUCUAUGAACCUAUGUCACUAAAUGAUGCUUUCGGAACAACGAUGACGCAUAAUUUAUCGAAUAGAGGGAUCAAUCUUUUGACUUUUAAUGAAUAUCCAAAUUUAGAAGCAAGAUAUAAGUUUUUGUCCGAGAAGUGUCAAUCAUCUAAUAUUAAGUUGACAGAUAUGAGUAAUGUAGGAGGAUAUGAUUCAGAUGAUAAAUCAAAGGCAUGGAUAAGUACUAAAGAUUUGGCCCGCAUAAACCGAUUAGAAUUGGUAGAUGAAAUCGAAGAAAUAAGACUCCUUUUAAAACACUACUGUCUAUGCUAUUGUGAGUUUCCUUAUGAAUCAUCCUUUAAGGCAAUCAGAAAAUGGAAAUGGAUUAUUUGA